UGUGGAGCGCCGCAUAUAGUCACUCACUUAUACAAAAUUUCGCUUAUUCGCAAAAUGUCUUAUCCACUAAUUCAAUAUACACGAUCACGACCACCGCAUAAAAAUUUCCUCUGCAUUAUUUAUUGCUACAACAAUCUACAUAUCACGGUUCGGAAAUGGAAAUGGCUCGUGUUUGUGGCCACAAACCACUGCGUUUUAACGCUCUCUCACAAAGCCGGCACAACCACAAUUCCCGAGGACUAGUAGUAUCCAUGGUUAUCAAACGAAGCCCCAAACGUCUCAAAUACACAGAUACAAAAACUCGCUUCAACAAGGAAGGAGGUUUGGUUUACAUUGAAGCUGAUCCAUCUGGCUCUGAUUCAUGGAGAUUGGAACCAGUUGUUAAUCUCUUGAAACAAGGUGCUGUUGGAGUCAUCCCUACUGAUACACUAUAUGCAAUAGCAUGUGACCUAACAAAUCACUCAGCCAUUGAACGACUUCGAAGAAUCAAGAAUAUAGAUGCUUCAAAGCCGCUUAGCAUCUUAUGCCACUCAUUUCGCGACAUAGAUAAGUACACAGCUGGUUUUCCGUGCGGUGAUGGUCAAGGCAAUGCAAAUUUAUUCAAAGCUGUUAAGCUUUGCUUACCUGGUCCAUACACUUUCAUCUUAAUGGCGAGCAAAGCGUUACCAAAACAGUGCAUAAGGUUUGGAACUACUUCUGCCAAAUAUGCAUCAAGAAAAAAUGUGGGUGUUCGAAUGCCCGACGAUGCCAUUUGCCAAGCAAUACUAAAGGAGAUGAGUGCACCAUUAAUAUGCACAAGCAUCAAGUUCCUCAACGAAGACGAAUGGAUGAUUGAUCCAGUUAUGAUAGCUGAUACAUAUGGACCAGAGGGCCUUGAUUUUGUUGUUGAUGGUGGUGUAAGAUUGGCUCAGUCGUCCACUGUGGUCGACAUGACCAAAUUGCCUCCCAGAGUUCUACGGGAAGGAAAGGGUACAGUUACGGACUGGAUGGUAUUGGAAGAUGAUCAGGAAACUGAUGUUGAAGAGGAUCUCAUCCCUGCUGCUAUUUGAAUGUUAAUCAUCUAUGAUGGAAGAUUUAACAUAAAAAACCAAUUAAUGGCAUAGGCACAAGGUGGAAAAUUUGAUGUAAAUAAAAAUAUAUACUUUUGUAAAUGUUGACAUAGUCGACCAUGUACCCGUUUUUGUUGACCAGGUACCCUAAUACUCAUAGGGCUGCCUGGAUUCUUUUUGCAAUUAAUUAAAAUUUGUUUUUUCAUUUGUCUUGUCAAGAUCUUGGGACAUUUUAGGACAUGCCUUCAAUAUUUGGGGUGAUCUACAUUGUGAAGCUCCCACACUCCAACAUUGUUAAAGUAUUCUUUAAUGUAUAUUUGAAAAUUUUCAAGUAAUAAAAUUUUAAUUUACUUAUCCCAUAGGUAUGAAGUGGUUAAAGUUGGACCCUUAUCAUUAUAACAAAGAAAAAUUGAAAUUGACAUCACCGUAUCAUAAGUUGUGAAAUAUAUUUUUGGACAAGAAACAAAUCAAUCAUUGGAAAAAUAUAUUAGAAUAUAUCUUAAGAAAUUCUAAGCUUUCGAUUUAGAGCAAGCAAAGCCAGCAGCAUUUGUAUUCCUAAAGUUUCCUGUAGAAGUACACACCCGCAGGACUUUCUCAGGUUCGUAAAAAAAUCAUUAAAUAUUUAAAAUUAAAUCUCAACUUGUGUCCAUUUGUUCUUCAUCUUCAGUUUGAUCUUGACUAAUCUCAUUACCAUUUUCUUUUUUCUGUGUUUCUGUUUCUUCUUCUCCCUCGGAGAUUUCUUUAGAUUUCUCUUUGUUAGAUGGUGCUGGCAAAGUUUUUUCUACCAGCUCUACUAUUUCAGCUAUCUGUUCAUCUGGAAAACGGAUUGUACAAUCCUCUAUGAUCUG